AUGCUUCAGGCAGCUCGUAGACCCCAACUCGCACACACCAGGUUUUCUGCCUCCCCCAUCGUUUCACAUUAUGCAUAUCCCUUCACUCCAUUGCGUCGAAACUCAGGCACACCCUCGAAUGUGCCACAUACUCCUAGUUCCACUAGACCAACCACUGCCGAGAUAGAGAACUUUCAAAGCCAACAAGAGAACUACGCCCGCCCAACUGCAUUCGCAUUCUCGGUUUUCCACCGGAUUAUCAAAUACUCUUUGGGUGGACUUGGCUUGAUUGUUGCGAGCACCGCCCUAGGUCUUGAAGCCGCUCAUCAAUGGGUCGAGCAUGUGGAGCUUAGGCCAGAGCUCAAGGAAGAUUUCUUUGGUUGGGAGAGCGAACGGGAACACUGGUCAGGCGGAACACAGGGCGGAACCGACCCCCGACUUGGGUGGUGGGCUAGACGUGCUGUAAGGAGUGCUUGGGUGCCGCUCAACUGGGGAUCAGCGAGCUUUGAGGGAGUCAUCGGAACUGGCGAAGGCGAGCGCGGGGGAUUGAAUAUCUUCGAAAGGAAAUAUGCGGCAGCAGAGGGUUUCCUGCGUGGUGCUAUUGAAGCAGCCCAGAAGCGCAUUCCCGAGCCCAGCGAUCCUGCUAUCUUGGAACUGAUGAGCCUCCAUGCCGGUGUUGUGGAGCGUAUGGGAGGAAGGUCGAAUCUUGAAGCUGCACAAAUUGAAUGGCAAGCCCUUUUGGGCCUACUUCCUAAACAAGGAAACGAGGCCGCACGAGUGGCCAAACGAUUAGGGGACCUAAAUGCGCGACUGGGCGACAUGAACCUCGCUAUAGAGUCUUGGAAUCGGUCACUCGAGGCAGUCGGGUUCGUUUACCAGAGCAAAAUACCCACCAAUCCCUAUUCGCAGCGUCUCAUUUUUUCGACGCUUCUUUCUAUGUCAGGAAACUAUGCUCUACAAAGAGAACUCCAGCUCGCCAAGAAAACUGAAGAAACGGCCUUGUCGCUACUUGAACAACUCGCGCCGCCGUCGUUUUCACGAAUAACUAAAGAUACAGCGCCAGAGCAACUUCACAAAUUAUUCACUUCCCACCGCUCUGCAUUGUUUAUGAUACACAUGGCAGAAGUCCUGUGGGCACAAUCUCCUCGCAAGAAUUUGGCUACUUCUUUAGAGUACCUUUCUAAAGCGACAGAAAGAUCGGAACAGACAGCGCUGUUGCUAACAGGUACACCGCGCAUUCACCCAGAUGUUCCAUUAUCAUCUAUACCGCACCCCCCUGUUCCAAAUGCGAACCUUCUGAACGUCUUUGGGUCGUCGAAAACUUUGAAGCAGCCGGCUCGUUCGUUGCUGCGGGAUGCUAGAAGGUCUGCUGCUGAAGCAUGGAAUCUACGGGGGCUACUACUCGAAGGAGGAGCGGGCGAUAAAGAAGCACUCGAAUGCUUUGAACGUGCAUUGGAAUGGGCGGGCGGUCAAAACAAUAUUGAGGGUGAAGGUGAUGUUUUGGAACGAGACAGGCAUCAAAUUUGGAGAAACUGGACCAGGCUUCGAGAGAGAGUCCUAGCGCCCAAGCAAUAA